AUGCAAUUUCUUCCAGUCGCCAUAAUAACAGGCGCAACAAGAGGAAUAGGUAAGGAAAUUACCAAGAAGUUAUCAUCGAAUGGUAUUAGUUGUAUAAGUGUUGGAGCAAGUCUCCAUUCUAUUUCACGAAUAAAACAAAAUGACCAUCUAUCAUUUAUCAAGGAGAAUCAACAUCAUGGUGCACUUGCGAUUGAUUUAUCACAAUGGCCAAAUUCUUUAGACAGUUCCAACAUCGACACGGUUGAUUUCUCUCUGGAUGGCAAUACAAUGGUAUCCAAACAAGAACACGGAGAUUCUGUCUUUAGUCUAAUUGAUAUAUGGAAUAAACAAUUGAAAGAGAAAGGUUUGUCUCAUGAUGUUGUAUAUUACACAAGUUUAUUGAUUAACUGUGCAGGCAUAACUCAAGAAAAUAUUAGCAUCAAAGAAUCCAAUGAAAAAAUUACAAAAAUAAUGAAUGUCAAUUUCUUAUCUGCAGUUACAUUGUGUAACAAAACUAUUAUAAGAAUAAUUAAAGAAAAAAGGCAAAUUAAGAAUCAAUUAGUAGGGCACGACGAGUCAAUCUCACGGAUGAAAACCAAGAUUAUCAAUAUUUCGUCUGCAUUAGAAACUUCUAAAUACAUUAUUCCUGGAACAUCAAUAUAUUCUGCAUCUAAGUCAGCAUUAUCAUGUUAUUCAAAAACAUUAAAUGAAGAAAUACAGAAAACAGGAAUUAAAGUGACAAGUUUACCAAUUAAUUUAAUUGAAGGCACAGAUAUGAUUAAAGAUUUAUCGAAUUCCUCAGGCUUUGAAAAUCUGGAAAAGUAUAACCUUCCAACUGAUACGAAAGAGAAUGUAGCCAAUAAAGUAUUCCAAUUGUAUCUAAAAUAA